AUGCUUGCGAAAAGCCGGAGGACACCGGCGGUAGUUGACGAUGAUGACACCUCAAGCUCCCACUGGGGCUUCUUCACCUGGUUCAUUAUCAUUGCUUUCUUGGGCAUCGCCGGCUACCUCAUCUUCUCAUCCUGGAUCAACUUCACGCGCUACGGCGCUCGAGGCUGGGAUCUUCUCCCCCACAGCGACACCAUCCGCGAUAUUCCUUAUCUACUUAAGGAUUGGAUCCGCCGCGUUCUCAACACGGUGCAGGGAACAGGAAGUCGAGGAGGAUACAGCGCGGUCUAG